GAGACGAAGCCCCGCCCCCUGGCUCGCUCCCAGGCAGGUGAUAGGUGGCGGGAAGUAGCGAGCGGGUGGCGCGGUGAUUUCUGCAAGCUGUUGGAGAGGAGCUAGUAAACACAUGUAAGUCCUUUGGCUCGUUAGUUUCACACCGUCAGACGGGGAUGCGAAUCGCUUAGAGAACUUUUUCCCUUCCCUUCGUCAAGUCGUAUCCCGUGUGUUGGUGCAAGUCUCACAGGCCGGCUCUCCAUACAGUGUUCUAUUCUCUCCAUAUCUCCGACACUGGAUUGUUGUUGUCAGCUGUACGCCGUCUCUCCGCCCGUUGUCAGUGUGUGCGGCAGAGUGUAGUUGUGAGUGUGUCCCCUUCCUCUCCAACAGUUCCUAUCUCGUCUGGAGCCAGCACCGAUGUUAGAUUCUCCACUCAAGUGCGAGCUCCCACCAGAAAGCUGCGACUGUGGCCCUUUGAACCCCGACGCCAUGGCUUCACUGCCCUCCAUGGACAUCAACCAUCUCCUCACCGCUGUGGAUCAGGAUUUACAGCAACAACAAAACGACAACAACAACAAACACGCCAGCGGCAGCAGCAGCAACAGCGACAACAACCCGGAACGCCAUCUGAACGUGGUGCUGGAAGACCGGGAGUUAUGGGAGAAAUUCAAGGAGUUUACCAAUGAGAUGAUCGUCACCAAGAAUGGAAGG